AUGGAAUCGCCCGGCCCGUCGUGGGCGCCGCAGUCUCCAGACCUCUCGGGCUACCACUUCCAAGACUCCGACCCCUUGCCAGCCUUACCGGCACAGCACCAGACCUACCGCGGCUCCAUAUCGCACACAAUACCCUACACGCCCACCGACGCCUACACACCUCCCAAGAACGCCUACUUCGCGCCGCGGUCGAACGGCAAGACAGUCACCCGCAAGGAGUCGACCAUGGAAGAGGAGGACGCCGACUGGACGCCAGAGAAAGCGGCUGUGCCAGUGAGGGCGGCGAAACCACGCGCAACUAAGAAGGCCAAGAUCGAGGCUAGUCCGGAGCUACCUGAUAAGGCGCCGCCGGCGGCCGCUGCCGAGAUCGAGAUCGAGAUCAAGACCAAGUUCCCGGUCGCGCGCAUAAAGCGCAUCAUGCAGGCGGACGAGGAGGUUGGGAAGGUUGCGCAGGUGACGCCGCAUGUUGUUUCAAAAGCACUAGAGCUUUUCAUGAUCGCCAUGGUCUCCAGGGCCGCGGGCGAGGCGAAGUCGCGCGGCUCGAAGCGCAUCACGCUGCCGCACCUUAAGCAGACGGUCGUGAAGGAACAGCAGUACGAUUUCCUGCUCGAUACUGUCAGCAAGGUCGCUGAUGCGCCGGCUGUGAAUGAGAAGAGUGAUCCAGACGAUCCGGCGGAGGGGAAGAAGAAACGCGGCAGCGGCAGGAGGAAGCGGAAGGAGAGUGAGGAUCUUUAG